AAAAAUAUGCAUAUAGCUAAGCUGCUAAACAGUGUAAGCUUGGAGUAUGAUUUUGAAAUUCCAAGAAUAAUCUCUCAUAAACCUCAUGGCUAAAGGUCAAUCCUCUUCUUCUGAUCAGAAAAGUGAAAAGAAGGAUUAUUCAACUGCGAUAUUAGAACGAAAGAAGUCUCCGAAUCGGCUUGUUGUGGAUGAAUCAAUCAAUGAUGAUAAUUCUGUUGUUACUUUGCAUCCUGAUACCAUGGAAAAGCUCAAUUUUUUCCGAGGGGAUACUGUUCUGGUUAAGGGGAAGAAGAGAAAGGACACUGUUUGCAUUGUUCUUGCUGAUGAUCAGUGCGAAGAGCCGAGAAUUCGGAUGAACAAAGUUGUAAGGUCUAAUCUUAGGGUUAGGCUUGGAGAUGUUGUCUCUGUUCAUCAAUGUUCUGAUGUGAAGUAUGGGAAGCGAGUUCACAUCCUUCCCAUCGAUGAUACUAUCGAGGGUGUCACCGGCAACUUGUUUGAUGCAUAUCUAAAGCCAUAUUUUAUGGAGUCGUACCGACCUGUGAGGAAAGGGGACUUGUUUCUUGUUAGAGGUGGAAUGCGAAGUGUUGAAUUCAAGGUGAUAGAAACUGAUCCUGGUGAAUAUUGUGUCGUGGCACCGGAUACUGAAAUCUUCUGCGAGGGAGAGCCGAUUAAACGCGAGGAUGAAGAGAGACUAAAUGAAGUUGGCUAUGAUGAUGUUGGGGGUGUUAGGAAGCAAAUGGCUCAAAUUCGUGAGCUCGUAGAACUUCCGCUCAGGCAUCCGCAACUCUUCAAAUCGAUCGGUGUUAAGCCCCCGAAAGGAAUCUUGCUUUAUGGACCACCAGGUUCCGGGAAGACUCUGAUUGCAAAAGCAGUUGCUAAUGAGACCGGUGCGUUCUUCUUUUUGAUCAAUGGACCGGAAAUCAUGUCGAAGCUGGCUGGUGAAAGUGAAAGCAAUCUGAGGAAGGCAUUUGAAGAAGCCGAAAAGAAUUCCCCUUCUAUCAUUUUCAUUGAUGAAUUGGAUUCAAUUGCCCCAAAAAGAGAAAAGACACAUGGUGAGGUAGAGAGGCGUAUAGUAUCGCAACUUUUGACUCUAAUGGAUGGCCUCAAGACCCGUUCGCAUGUUAUUGUGAUCGGAGCAACAAAUAGGCCCAACAGUAUUGAUCCUGCUUUGAGAAGGUUUGGAAGGUUUGAUCGCGAAAUUGAUAUCGGUGUACCAGAUGAAGUUGGAAGGUUGGAGGUUCUUAGAAUUCAUACUAAGAACAUGAAGCUUUCUGAUAAUGUUGAUCUUGAAAGAGUUGCAAGGGACACUCAUGGUUAUGUAGGAGCAGAUCUUGCUGCUCUAUGCACAGAGGCUGCGCUGCAGUGUAUAAGAGAGAAGAUGGAUGUGAUUGACUUGGAAGAUGAAUCAAUAGAUGCUGAGAUUCUGAAUUCCAUGGCUGUCACGAAUGAGCACUUCCAAACUGCUUUGACUUCUUCGAACCCGUCUGCAUUGCGUGAAACAGUUGUGGAGGUUCCAAAUGUUUCCUGGGAUGACAUUGGAGGUCUAGAGAAUGUUAAAAGGGAGCUUCAAGAGACGGUUCAAUACCCGGUGGAACAUCCAGAGAAGUUUGAGAAAUUCGGCAUGUCGCCUUCCAAAGGUGUUCUUUUCUAUGGCCCUCCGGGCUGCGGCAAAACUCUGCUUGCAAAAUCUAUUGCAAAUGAAUGCCAGGCCAACUUCAUAAGUGUCAAGGGACCUGAGUUGCUUACUAUGUGGUUCGGUGAAAGUGAGGCAAACGUUCGCGAGAUAUUCGACAAGGCCCGGCAGUCUGCACCGUGUGUGCUUUUCUUUGAUGAACUCGACUCUAUUGCAACCCAGCGAGGAAGUUCAAGUGGGGAUUCCGGCGGUGCUGAUAGAGUGUUGAACCAACUACUAACAGAGAUGGAUGGAAUGUCUGUUAAGAAAACAGUGUUCAUCAUUGGAGCAACAAACAGACCUGACAUUAUAGACCCUGCAUUGCUUCGGCCAGGACGUCUUGACCAAUUGAUAUACAUUCCUUUACCGGAUGACAGUUCACGUCUCCAGAUCUUCAAGGCGUGCUUGAGGAAGUCACCAAUCUCGAAGGACGUCGAUCUUUCGGCUCUUGCUCGUUAUACUCAUGGAUUUAGUGGUGCAGACAUUACUGAGAUUUGUCAAAGAGCUUGCAAGUAUGCCAUUAGAGAAGAUAUUGAGAAGGACAUUGAGAUGGAGAGAAGAAAAAUAGAGAACCCUGAAGCCAUGGAAGAAGAUAAUGAAGACACUGAUGCAGUGGCUGAGAUAAAACCAUCACACUUUGAGGAGUCCAUGAAGUUUGCUCGGAGGAGUGUCAGCGACGCCGACAUCAGAAAAUACCAACUGUUUGCUCAGACAUUGCAACAGUCUCGCGGGUUCGGAUCGGAGUUCCGGUUCACAGAUAGGACUACUGAUACCACUUCUGCUGCUGGUGCCUCUGACCCUUUCUCAUCUGCUACAGCUGAAGGAGAUGAUGAUCUAUAUGGUUAAAUGCUAUAUAUACUAUUUCAUAUAGUUUUUGGUUUUGUUGAGAGGGCCAACUUUUCUGUUUAAUGUUGAAGGAGAUGGAGCUAAGAUUAAUAACCUAGUCAAAUACCAAAUGAUAUAUCUAUGUAUGUAUGUAUAUAUAUAAUCUUGAAUAUAUGAACAAAUAGGUGACUUGUAUGAUCUUAUCACAUUAUUAGAGAAUAAGAAUAGAUCCUCAGUAUUGGAUUUCUUAUGGAGAAUGGGGAGUAUCAGUAUCAUAGAGACAUAAGCAUAUAAUGGGAUUUUAUAUUUACUAUAAUUUCUCCUCCCACAUAGGAUAAAUUGAUGUUCAGUGUAUUGAAGAUCAAGUUCAUGUUCAUGUUCAUUAGAGUCCGAAGCAGUAUUCAGUUUCAUAUACUUUAUAUGUAAUGGAGAAUUGGAUAUUCUAGCUUUGUAUAUAUGCUCUUAUUUUAUUCUUUU